GACAAAUAUUUUAUGGCUCUUUAGAGCAACUGUGUUUUCAACUUCAAUUUCUGAUGUUCAUUGCUAAUACACAGAAAUAUAGUUUUUGUAUCCUUGCUAAACUUAGGUUCUAGGAGGUUUUGUUUUUGUUGCUGUUGACUCUGGGAUUUUCUGUGUAGACUAUCAUGUCUUCUGUGAACAGGGACAGUUUCUUUCCAUUCUGUAUGCUUUUUCUUUUUCUUGCCUUAUUGCAAGGGCUAGGACUUCACGUAUGAUGUUAAACAGGAGUGGUGAAAGUAGACAUCCUUGCCUUGUCCUGAUCUUAGGGAGAAAGCAAUCUUUUACUGUGAAGUAUGAUUUUUGGUGUAGGAUUUUGUAGAUACCCUUUAUCAAGUUCACGAAGUUCCCUUUUGUUCUAGUUUUCUGAGAGUUUGUAUCAUGAAUAUUGAAUUUUGUCAAAUGUUUCUUGCUGCAUCAAUUGACAUGAUCAUGUGGUUUUACUUCUCAGAUUGUUAAUAUGGCAUAUUACGUUGAUUUUUAAGUGUUUAAUCAGCUUUGCAUUCCAGGUUUAUGUUUUACUUUGUAAUUACAUAUUAUUCUUUUUUUAUGUAUUGCAGGAUUUGAUGUGCUAAUAAUUUGUUGCAAUUUUUGCUUCUAUGUUCAUGAGAGAUAUUAAUCUGUAAUUUUCUUUUCUUUGUACUACCUUUGGCUAACUUUGGUAUUGACAUAAUCUUUUUGGAGGGCAAUUUGUUAAUUGUAACAGAAGUCUUUAAAAUGUGCUCGCCUAUGGAUUCCACUUGGAAGAAUUUAUCUUAAGGAAAUAGAGAUUUCUAUUACACACAUACUUUGGGUUCAGGUAGACCUGGAUUUAAGUAUGAACCCAAUCCUUAUAUUAACUGCUUAAAUUCUGUGGGUCUGUUUUCCAAUGUGUAAAAUGGGGAUGAGGACCUAUUUCAGACCUUAUUAACUGAGACAAUUCACAUACAGUGCCCAACAUCCAGUAAGUUUUAAGUAAAUGGUAGCUCUUGGUAUUACGUUAUACUCUCUGGCCUCUCUGUAGGAGGACACUUCUGUCCAAAUCAGAGGAUGUCAUCUUUGCUUCUGUAUUGGCUCCCACUUUGAAUCUCCUUAAUCUUCCUCAUCUCUAAUUUCGCCGUCUUCUGUUAGACGUGUUAGGCCUUGAGAAUACAAAAGCAACAAAAGAUAUCGUCCUUGUUUUCAGAGACAUGAACCUCCUAGACACAGGCGCAAACGGUACCAAGCAAUGUAACAGAACAAAAGUGAGACGUCUGCCCAAGGGGCAGCCGGCCCUGGACACGCAUUCAGAGCGUCAGUGUCAGCUGACACUCGGGAGUUACAGCUCGGGCGGUCACCGAGCUGGGAAGACAGGAGGCAGUGCCGCAACUUCUUCAGCGUAGCCUUAAGUCGCGGUGAGGGGCGCGUAGAGACUUGCUGCUCCCAUAGCAACGGGACCAGCCACCCUCUACAGGCCGGACGGGUUACUUCCGUUCACCGUCGGCUGAGCCAAGAAAGGCCGCUUCCGAUCCCCCGAGGCGCGGGGUCGCGCGGACGCCCGGUUGUAACUGAACAACCCGAGCCCCACGUCUCUGAUUGGCUCAGGCAGAGGAAGGGGGCGGGAGAGCGGCAACGAAGGGCGUGGCCGGCUUCUACUCAAACUUGAGGUUUCUCUCCUCCCCUCACAGCGGAAGCCGACCUCGCCCGCCCCGGAAGUGCGAACUGUGUGGUCUGGCAGGUGUGGAUUCCGCCGGUGAAGGCUGAAGGCAGCUACAUUAAAGAUGCCGGGAUCUGCAGCGAAGGGCUCGGAGUUGUCAGAGAGGAUCGAGAGCUUCGUGGAGACCCUGAAGCGGGGUGGUGGGCCGCGCAGCUCCGAGGAAAUGGCUCGGGAGACCCUGGGGCUGCUGCGCCAGAUCAUCACGGACCACUGCUGGAGCAACGCGGGGGAGCUGAUGGAGCUGAUCCGCAGAGAGGGCAGGAGGAUGACAGCCGCUCAGCCCUCCGAGACCACCGUGGGCAACAUGGUGCGGAGAGUGCUCAAGAUUAUCCGGGAGGAGUAUGGCAGACUCCAUGGACGCAGCGACGAGAGUGAUCAGCAGGAGUCCCUGCACAAACUGUUGACAUCCGGAGGCCUGAACGAGGAUUUCAGCUUCCAUUAUGCCCAACUCCAGUCCAACAUCAUUGAGGCGAUUAAUGAGCUGCUAGUGGAGCUGGAAGGGACAAUGGAGAACAUUGCAGCCCAGGCUCUGGAGCACAUUCACUCCAAUGAGGUGAUCAUGACCAUUGGCUUCUCCCGAACAGUAGAGGCCUUCCUCAAAGAGGCUGCCCGAAAGAGGAAAUUCCAUGUCAUUGUAGCAGAGUGUGCUCCUUUCUGCCAGGGUCAUGAAAUGGCUGUGAAUUUGUCCAAAGCAGGUAUUGAGACAACUGUCAUGACUGAUGCUGCCAUUUUUGCCGUUAUGUCAAGAGUCAACAAGGUGAUCAUUGGCACAAAGACCAUCCUGGCCAAUGGGGCCCUGAGAGCUGUGACAGGAACUCACACUCUGGCACUGGCAGCAAAACACCAUUCCACCCCACUCAUCGUCUGUGCACCUAUGUUCAAACUUUCCCCACAGUUCCCCAAUGAAGAAGACUCAUUUCAUAAGUUUGUGGCUCCUGAAGAAGUCCUGCCAUUCACAGAAGGGGACAUUCUGGAGAAGGUCAGCGUGCAUUGCCCUGUGUUUGACUACGUCCCCCCAGAGCUCAUUACCCUCUUUAUCUCCAACAUUGGUGGGAAUGCACCUUCCUACAUCUACCGCCUGAUGAGUGAACUCUACCAUCCUGAUGAUCAUGUUUUAUGACCGACCACACGUGUCCUAAGCAGAGAUUGCUUAGGCAGAUACAGAAUGAAGAGACUUGAGUGUUGCUGCUGAAACACAUCCUUGCAAUGUGGGAGUGCACAGGAGUCCACCUAAAAAAAAAUCCUUGAUACUGUUGCCUGCCUUUUUAGUCACCCCAUAACAAGGGCACACGUCCAGGACUGUGUCUUGCCUUUCAGAUCUUAACAGAGCAGCAGGGCUUAACCUGUUGAUUUUGGAGCCUCUUAGUGACCUGGCUGCGUCUGUGUCAGGAACUUAAACUUUCUGGUUCAGUAGUGUGUUAAACAUAACACUGAAUACCUUGCUGGGAUACAGAUUUUUGCUCAGAAAUGGCUACGACACUUCUUCUAGGCUCUACCAAUAAAAGCCACUUGAAGGUUC